AGUUGGUGGUGUGUAUUGAUACAUUCGUCGCAAAGUUGCAGAUGGUGUAGGACAGCUUGUUGCAUAUGGAUUGAAAAAUCGAUUCAAAAUAUUUUUACCCUCGCCUUAUUUUAAGCGUUGGUCUUUUUUAAUACUGUGUUGAUAUACAGUUGGAAUACGUUUACCGUUCGUUAUUAGACUGGAUAUUAUUAGUUUUAAAUUUUUCUUGAUUAAAUCGUGAAGAAAUAUUCUUUAAAUUAUAACAUAUUGUGAAUUGUGAAUGGUUUAAGGUGAAAGAUUUGGAGAAGUUUAACCAUGGCUUACGUUGUGUUCAGAGUGUGUUUGGUGUUGUGUUUGACCAUUCUGUUAAACGGCCAAGAAACCGAUGUGGUCGGGGGUUCUCAAACAAACACCACCGCCGCACCCUCACUCCCGAACGACACGACCCCGGGGCUUGCCAAAUCCGACACGAACACUCCAGACCAGCAGGCGUCUCCCGUCGCAGACAACUCCACCAACAUCGACUCCGGUACUGACGGGGAAGCAGACGAUCUCGCCUCGUAUAUUGUAGAAAAAAUCGGGCAGCUUUUUAACUCGGACACUGAGGCGGAGAAUGUUGUGAGUACAACGCCAGGUCAGCAAAUAUCGGUGGACUGUCAGCAUGUGGCGGACCUACGAGACUACUACCCUGGGGAUGUUCCGUUUGAAGGCAACACCACGGUGAGGUAUCUGCUGGAGUCGGUCUUCAAGCCGGACGUUGUGAAGCUGCUUCAGACGGACUGUGGACGGGGAAGCUGGUGUCUGUCUAGUGGAUACACUCAGAAAUUUGAUGACCGAGGGCCGUUUUGUUACACUGAAGUGUGGUCUGCAUUGAACAGCAUGAUGAGAUUACGGGAAAACUGCGAUGAAAAGGAACUGACGUUGUUGACCAAUGUCAUCAACUUGCUGUGUGGACUGUGUAGUGAAGGAACUCAGGACUGCUGUGCCAGAACACUUGAAGCACUUUACGUUACAUAUGCCGACUUGACCCACCCUAACGGAACGCAAAAAGAAGCUUUGGCCCACGAUGACUGCAAUGAAUACAAAGUUCAGAUGACCAAAACUUACCUUUGUGCGGACGAUGUGUGCUACUUUGACCAAAGGGUUCUACUGGAAAGUUACGAUGCUUGGAGAGUGAUCUCCACCAACGCCAGCUCUAUGGUACUGAAGUGCAACAUCACCUACCAGUGUCAGACCCUCAUGCCCACCACGCCCUCCUACUACGGCGACUACUCCGACGACCUGAGCAAGGACUACGAGCAAGAGCUGGAAGAGCUGGUUGAAGAGCUGGAGAAGCUGGACAAAGACCUCUCCACCCAACAGCCAACCCCAGCUUUCGGAGAUGCCGAGAUCUCAACCCCAGCCUUCAUAAAUAACGAGGAGGUCAACCCUAAAGUUUUCAACCAAGACGAAUACGCUGGGGAUAACUCGGAAAUCAAUAACGAAAAUACGUACGGAGUGGACACAGACCGGACCAUGCUGCUGGGUCUCAUCUCCAUGACGAUAGUGCUGGUGUUGGGGCUGGUGGCGGUGGCCUACGUGGGCCUGAAGAAGUACCGACGCCAUCUGUACGCCAACUACAGGCGUGGCUACUCCCAGCUCAGGGAGGAAGAGUCAAAGAUGCUACGUCAGGAGUACAACUGAUCUAAUUCGCAUGCAGUACUCUGUGAAUUUGGACAUUUUGACACAGAUGUUGGGGAACUGAGAUAUUGAAUAACCAUGUCUUCCUGUAAUUUUUUAAGGCGUCCAAACAAACAAAAAAUUUAAGAGUGGUUUAACAAUUUGUGGUUUUUUUAACACCGAAAGAUACUGUAAAGUUUGUUGUUUUUUUUUUAUUUCUUCAAAAAACCAAUUGCAAACACAAUUUUUUUAUUUAUUUAUAUUGAACAUAUUUUAAUGAAAAAUAUUCAUAUUAUUCAUAUGUACAUUUUUUCUUAUUUGAUUUUUAAAAUAGCUUCAUUUUCGUGCUUAAUGUAUUGUCACAAGAAUCUAUUCCAUUUGUACCAUUUUCCUUUGUACCGUUACCGGUUGUACCAUUUUUCUUUGUAC